AUGUAUUGCAUGACCAUGUAGUACCCGUGACAGCCAUAGUUACUCCCCUUUUUUAAUUGAACGCCUCGAAACAGACAUGUAAAAACAAGCGACAAUCAACGGUUGGCCAGGUUGAGGUUAAAAUUAAUUCGUGCAAGAUCGACAGAAAUUGCACAAUCAACACAACAACAAAUGGGAUUUGCACAUUUUGUAUCGGGCUGGAGAUGGUUUAUUUUAAUAUUUGUAUUUGAUAUGUUAUCAUCCGCAGUUGCACUGCCAAAAUUGAUACUAAUUUCCAUGGACGGAUUCAGAUAUGAUUAUUUAAACUUGAUACCAGAGGAAGAAACCGAACAUUUUCAGUUUAUGAUAAAAAACGGUGUUAAAGCUAAAUAUGUCAUGAACGUUUUUCCUUCGGUCACUUACGCAAACCAUUACUCAAUAUUAACUGGAUUGUACCCUGAAAGCCACGGAAUUGUCCAUAAUUUAUUCUAUGACUCUAUAUGGAACGAAUAUUUUGCAUUAACCAACAGGCGGGACAACGUUGAUCCGUUUUGGUAUGACGUCGGUGCUGAGCCAAUUUAUGUUACAAAUCAAAAUGCAGGUGGUUUUUCAGGUUCAAUCGUCUGGCCAUGCGGGACUGGUGAAGUGAAGGGCGUUAAACCAAACAAAAUAAUUCCUAAUGCUUACUGGUUCACGGAAAUGAAUAGCACAUAUCGCGUGGACACUCUUAUCAGUUGGUUUACAGAUCCACACCAACCAAUUAAUUUAGGUCUUCUAUACUUCCCUGAACCUGAUGAAAUCGCUCAUGCAACUGGUGCAGGUUCUGAAAAU